CAAGGAACACAAGAAAAACUAACUCGUGGACAGGCUUUUACAAUUAUAAAUUUGUUUUGAAACACUUACUUGAUUUAAGACUUAGUUUUCUGUAAGUAAGAUUGUAGUGAGACGUUGUGAAAAGUAUUGUCUGUUUUAUCUCAGACUUGAAAUUGCGCGAUAGAAUUGAAGAGCAGCUUUUUGAGGAUAGAUUACCGCAUGAAAGUUUAAGCCCGCUGAGUAGUUUGUUGGUAUAACUUACCUACCAUUGAAACAGCAUUUAAAAUGAUAUUCCCAACAACAAUUUCUGGCAUUCUAAAUCCAGUUUGAAAACUAAAAUCAUAUUGGACGUACCUACCAUAACAAAAAAUACAUAUUCGUCAAUCAAAAAUUAAAAACAUAUAAACUGCAUGCAACGUAUUCAAGGUAGUGUUAGCUGUUCGAAAAAAAAAAAUGAAAAUGUCUGCAGUUUUCUCAUCGAUGGUCGCCGAAUAGUGUGUAACGUGUAACGCAAUACAUUCUGAAGAUAAACAUAAAUAAAAUAAAGUUAUUUUAGACACUCAACCAA